CGAAAGGCGAGGGCGACGACGAUCACUAGUAAAGGAAGAUCCAUUUCACAAACGACACUUUUCCGCGCACGACACAACCGUUGGGUUUACAUCUAUUGCCGACGUCGUUCCAAUUGCACUCUGUUGACUUUUGGUCAACGCUCCAAUUCCCUCCCCCUCUGCGCAUUUCUAUCUCACGACGUAUUGCCCCCUUCCUCGCGGGCAUUCAUUCUCCACGGAUCCUACAUUAGCACACUCAACACCCUCUCCUGCACAAAACCGAAUGAUGGCAUCAACUUCGACGAACGGCGUAUGGUCUCAUGGACGCGGUACCAGCGGUUCAGCAGAUGCGGAAACAAACGAACGAAAAAAAGUGUCGGAUAGUAAUGCGGUCACUUUGUCAUCUCAGUCGGGGGCACCCGGAUCGGUGCAUCCAUUGCGCUUUACUUGGGUGUUUUGGUUUAUGCAUAGAGAACCGGGGUCAAAAAUUCAAGACUACAACAACGCGAUCAAAAAAAUUGCAACAUUCUCAACGGUGGAAGAGUUUUGGGGUGUAUAUAGUAGAUUGAAGCGACCAAUGGAUCUUCAUAAUAUUAGCGAUUAUCACCUGUUUAAACAAGGUAUUCGACCGAUUUGGGAGGAUAAUUUGAACGGAGGAAAAUGGAUCGUAAGGCUAAAGAAGGGGCUGGCGUCACGGUAUUGGGAGAGCCUGGUUAUGGCGAUGAUAGGGGAUCAAUUCGACGUCGGAGGAGAGAUUUGCGGAGCAGUGAUAUCCAUAAGGCAUAGUGAAGAUAUCUUAUCUCUAUGGAAUCAAUCGGCCGAUGACGGACGGGUGAAUCUUCGUAUAAGAGAUACCAUGAAAAGAGUACUCAAUUUGCCACCAAACUGCAUAAUGGAGUAUAAGGCGCAUAAGUCAUCAGUAGCAGACAAUUCGAGUUUCCGUAAUACGGAGAUGUUUCGGUGAUGUAUUUGCGUGAGGAUGUACAAUUAUUGGCGUGAAAACCAUAAAUGGACCAUUGAAUUGUAUGGUUGGAUGCAAAUCAUAUUUUGGUCUUGGAUGCUUUCAAGGUUUCUUCACAACAUUGACCUGCAUGUGGAUGGUUGCAUUUUUUCCGU